AUCGAUACCAGCUUUAUCUCCUCCACGAACAACGAAUGUCCAUUAACGAGAAAGAACGAAUCGAAUCUCCAGUAAUGGUCGAAGACACGGAGAAAGGCAAACCAUCUCGUUCGUCGGCAGAGACGGACGAGGUGGACACGUCCUUCACGGAGGAAGAGGAGAAGCACCUCGUCCGGAAGAUCGACGCGCGCAUCUUGCCCAUCGCCUGCGCUAUGUAUUUGUUCGCUUUCCUGGAUCGGGGAAACCUUGGCAACGCACGACUCCAAGGUCUCCCACAGGAUACUCUAGGUGGUGACCCCACAGGCGUGAAGUUUGACUGGGUGAACUCAGCGUUCUACUUCUCCUAUAUCCUCUGUCAAGUGCCUGCUUCUAUCGCGGCCAAGGUCAUCUCUCCUCAAGUUUGGAUUGCGAGCGCUGCCAUAGGAUGGGGUAUCUGCUCCACUUUGAUGUCUACCAGCUUCAACUUCGGUAGCGUAUUGGUUGCACGAGUUGCCGUGGGCGUCUUUGAGGCCGCUUUCGGCCCUGGUAUCCCGCUUUACUUUUCUCUCUUCUACACGAAGACGGAAAUCGGGCUCCGACUUGCGUAUUGGUUCGGAUUCGGUGCUGUCGCCGGUGCAUUCGGCGGUCUCAUCGCCUUCGGCGUCCAGCAUGCGCAUACCGCGAUCCACAACUGGCGGCUUCUUUUCAUCAUCGAGGGCAUUCCAGCGGUCAUUUGCGGGGUGAUAGCAUUGCUUUUCUUCCCAGAUCGGCCCGAAAGAACGAAGUUUUUCAACGAGAAGGAGAGACGGCUCGCGAUCGCCCGGAUGAACCGUGGCACGUCCGGCGAUAUCGGACUUGGCGUCAACAAGAAGCACAUUAUCGCUGCAUUCAAAGACUGGAGGAUCUAUACGGGAGGUGUCAUCUAUUUCGGUCUUAACACGGCGCUGGCUUCCAUCUCCGCUUUCCUGCCCACUAUUAUCAAGACGCUAGGCUUCACGAACGCUAUCGCCCAGCUAUUGACAGUGCCCCCUUACGCCGUGGCGGCCAUAGUCCUUACUCUUCUCUCAUGGUGUUCCGAUCGCUUGCAAACCCGAGGGCCCUUCCUGAUGGGCAGUACCGCGCUGAGCGGGAUCGGAUAUCUCCUUCUGCUUGUCAUUCCGCACAACGUCGGGGUCAGGUAUUUUGCAGUGUUCUGCAUCACCACGGGAACAUAUACCGCGAUCGGCCUCAUGCUUUCCUGGUUUGCGCACAACCUUGGGUCGGAAUCCAAGAAGGCUACGGGUAUUCCGAUGUUUAUGGCCAUCGGCCAAUGUGGAAGCGUCCUAGGAUCCCACCUGUACCCAGCGACUGAGGGACCUCGAUAUAUUAAAGGGUUCGGGGUAUCAUGCGGUCUGCUCUUCUUUGCAACUUUGUGCUCAUUCGUUCUUCAUGUAUCGUACCGGAUGGCGAAUGCGCACCGAGAUCGCGAGUAUGGACGCCCGGAAUCGGGAAAGAGAGUGGAUACUUCUGAACUUGCGGACGAGGCUUCCGAUUUCCGGUAUGUCCCCUAGAAACACUAGAAGCAUGCGGAGUAGCUACGACGGAAGAUUAGUACAAACCAUCUUGUGUAUUUGUGGGACGAAAGUGCAGAGCAAUCGCGUACUACAUACCC